UAAAGCUGUUGUGGAACUUUGCGGGGUCAGCGUGGCAAAGGAUUGUGUUUCAAAGACACACACACACACACACUCAAAGACACAAAGCUCGGCUGUUGUGUCUACGGAGGACACGCCACAGAUUCUUCAUGGACCAUCUGACCCAAAGCGGUCUGAUGCUGUCACCAUAGCAACAUGAACAUCAACAUUCAGAGAAAAAAGGACGUCCUGCGGCAGCGGGGCAGCACCCCCGUACGCCCCGCCCAGCAGCCGUCCUGCACCCGCGACGACCCGGGCGGCGUCCCGGGGCAGGGCCGCCCGCAGCGCGGGCACCCUCCGCUGGGGCAGUCGGCGUCCUACCACCCGGGGGACAAGUCCCUCCACGACCGGGCGCGGUGGAGCUCCGACUCGGAGGACGACUCUCAGGCCGAGCCGGAGUGCGUCUACCGAGUCGUGUUGCUAGGCGACCACGGCGUGGGGAAGAGCAGCCUGGCCGGAAUCUUUGCGGGACUCAACGAGAAGGACGAACAACCGGCAGAGGACACGUACGAGAGAACGCUAACCGUGGACGACAAGGAAACCACGCUGGUCGUCACGGAUACGUGGACAAACGACAAACCGGACGAAGACGGUCGAUCGGGCGAGGAGGCGUGUCUGACGUGGGGCAGCGCUUACGUCGUCGUCUACUCGGUCACCGACCGCCGCAGCUUCGACGCGGCCGCCGAACUUCGCAUCACGCUGAGAUGUCGCCGCCAGGCCGACGACGUUCCCAUCAUCCUCGUGGGCAACAAGAGCGACCUGGUGCGAUCCAGGGAGGUGGCGCUGGAAGAGGGCCGAGCGUGCGCGGCGGUGUUCGACUGCAAGUUCAUCGAGACGUCGGCGUCUCUGCAGCACAACGUGAGCGAGCUCUUCGAGGGCGUGGUGCGGCAAAUCCGCCUGCGCCGCCAGCGCAGGCGCUCGUCGUCCCGCGAGCGCAGGGAGAGCCUCGCCCAGAAGGCGCGGCGCUUCCUCGACCGCUUGGUGUCGCGCAACAACCGGCGCGUGGCCGUCAAAGUGCGAUCCAAGAGCUGCCACGACCUGGCCGUCCUCUGAAGCGCCGGCGCCCGGACGCCGACAGAUUGGUCCCGGCGCGGCGGAACUGCACUGUUCUGUCCGUCGGGACCGCUUCUCGAAGCCUUCGGACCUGGAAGUAGCCUGCUAAUGCUAACGAACAAAGGGACGAAAUAUUGAAAUGGAGAGUAUCUAGAUUACUAUACAAAACAAAAAACCUGUCACGACAAAUAUUUUGUUAGAUUUGCACACUAACACUCCCGCUCGCUCUCUCACACACAUACCGACAUCUGCGCUUUCUCAGAAGUCACGUCACACGCACACACACAAACUUUACAGGCACUAGUUGUCUCUCUCACACAAACAAUCUCUCACAUAAAUACAAUCUCAAACUUUAAUAAAAAUCAACCACGCGCACACGCACUAUUUUUGUUGCGCGUUAGCGUUUGAGGGCCCGCGCGGGCUCGAGCGUCCACGCAACUCAGUGCCUGUGUUUGCGCGGCAUCGUCAUGGCGACGGCUCACAAAGCGCACGCCGCUGGCCGUCGUCCUCCGAAGUCGGAUCAGAACCGCAACAGGCGGACACGACAAAACACACACACAGAGAGAGAGAGAGAGAGAGAGAGAGAUGGAUGAAGAGUGUUGAACGUUGAUUUGUAAUGGAAAGAAUUCCUGACUCUACUCAACCCGGAUGGCACGCACACGCAUGCACACGCGCGCGCGCCGAGCCGCAUGUAAACAUCCUCCGGCGGCGCAGCGCAGGCCCAAAGAUGCCAGAUCCCGUUUCUUACGCUUUUGUUUGUUGUUGUUUUUUUUUUUUCAUUUCAGGCCGCCGUCACCCUGGUGUCUGCGCACAUUCAAGUUAAAUAUUCUAAACACGCUCACUUUGUGUCUUUGUUUUGCCAAACACAUACAUGAAUGUGCAACUAGCGCCGUCAAAGACAUAAAUGCUCUUUCGUUUUUACAGAAAUGUAUUUUGUCUUAAUUGAAGACUUUGUGUUUUACAAAACAUGUAAGUUCGUUGACGGCUAAGAAUGAAUGUUUAUGGAAAAACG